AUGUCGGAGCCGCCAGAGCCUCGAUCAGAAGUAGAAGCAAGCUCCGCGAGGGGCCCUGCGGGUGCGCAAGGUACGCUGCGACAGGAAGACGCCGUGUUCGCAUUGCCAGACGUCUCGCCUGCAAUGUCGUACCGCAACGAGGAUUGCGGAGAGGAGACAGCGAAUCUCGGUCUCGGGACGAUAAUAGAGGAUGUGAACGACAGGCUCGCCAGCCUGGAACGAAUGCUGGAGGAUUUCGUCAACACCCAGACCGGCCGCAGCUCGAACGGCUCUCCGUCAGUUUCUUCCGGGGGCCGGACGCUGUCGACUCCUCGCGAUAGCCAGCUGGUCUGGCGAGACCUGGAUUACGAAGGCGAUUCCUCCUUCUCUGCCCAUUCGAAGGACAUCACCCAAGUCAUCGAGACGGGGUUGAAGACUUCGCCAGAUGCCGACUCGAUCGGAGACAUUGCCGCCGUGGUUGCGACACUGAGGAGCGUCCUGAACGAGAAGCCCGCGUCCUUUGAUGCGUCCGCGCCACUCCAGAAUACCGUGAGAGACGUGGUGGACUAUCCCGAGCUGAAGGACUUGACGCUGCCUCCCAUGUCGGCGGUCCUCAGCCUCUUGAGAUAUGCGAAGACACAUCCCCUGAAGUAUCUCAACGACGUCCCGAAUCUGACUCUCCCCAAGCUCACCUCGCUCUGUCAGAAGGUCUACUUCCCGGCGGAAGAGUUUACCAUCGCCACGUUCAUCACCGUGCACGUGUGCCUCUUGAACCUGUUCAGAGAGCUGUCUCAGUCCGAACUUCGAGAUCUGGACCUGUCAGGCGCCGAGCGGGAUCGCACGGUGGCCAUCUGUCUGAAGAAUGCCGAGACUGCCAUUCGGAACUUGAGACUCUACAUGCAGCCCACGUACGAAAAUAUCGAAGCCUUGGUACAAGGGUCUACCUUGGCCAUGGACUUAUCCCAGGCAUCCUUGGCGUGGACACUGAUCACGUCGGCGACGCGAAUGGCUCUGGAUGCCGGCUACCACCGUCUGCCACCCUAUACGGUGGCGCCCGAGGCGACGGAGAAACGACGUCUCUUCUGGUUCCUGUAUUGCGUCGAACGGGGCAUGGCGCUCAACCUGGGACGCACACCCUCCAUCCCCGACUAUGACAUCCUGACCGACCGACCGAAAUUCCCGGAGGAGGUCCACGGCGUGUGGGGAUCCAUGUUCAACAGCUGGUUCGACUUUGCCAAAGUCCAGGGCGACAUCUACGAUCAACUCUACAGCGCGCAGGCGCAGAAACAGUCCACGGAGGUCAAGGCGGAGCUGGCGCGGAAGCUGGCUGCCCGCCUCCAAGUGAUCCGGAAGAGCUUCAUGUUCGACGACAGUCAGCUGGCCGACGAGCCGUUCGGCGCCUUCCUCAAGGAAGGGCUCCUCUCGAUCGAGAUCGUCCAGUAUUCCACCCUGUGCCUCGUGUACCGGAUGAUUCCACCCGCGCCAUCCGCCGGCGGAGGAGGGGCGCCCGUCGCCCAUCCACUCAAGUUCUGCGACGAGGCCAUCGAGACGGCGAGGAAAGCAUUGACGACGCACAACAAGGCGUGGACCAUCCUGCACACGCGCUCCAAGGAGGAGUGGCGUAUGUUCAUCCACUGGACGCUCCUCUGGUGUCCCUUCAUCCCGUACAUCGUGCUGGUCGGCACCGUCAUCGCGGACCGCAACGUCGACGACCUACGACUGCUCGAAAGGUGCGUCGACACCCUGCACAGCGCGGCCCAGCUGUCGGCCAGCGUGAGCAAACUCUACCGCGCGUGCCGCAUCUUCUACCAGAUCGCAAAGACCUACAUGAGCCAUCCGGCCGAGAGCCGCCCCCUUGCUGCAGCAGCGGCGCCAGACGGCCAAUACGACGCCGCGACGGCGGCGGCGCGAGCCUCUGCCGUCGUCCCGUCAAACACGUCCCCGCAGGCACAAUACACGACAUACGCACCGGACUCGGCAAGCGACAUCGAUCUUCCGGACUUCCCGCUCUCCCACGAGGAUUGGAACGGCAUGCUCGACGAAUGGGAUCUGGGGCUCGGCGCCGAAAAUGCCAGAGAAAUGUCCGCCUUCUUUGAACAGUACCUGUCCGGCAGCAACGCUGGGGCGGCCACCAGGCCCGAAUAUAUGCUACCGGGGAACAUGCCAUAG